AACCAUGGUCAGAACGCUGAGAGGCAGUGAACAGCAGAGGUCUAACGUUAGCUCAGCUGCUCAUUAGGACAGGGAGACAUUGAACUGUGAAGACAAUUUGCUGGACACAUUUCCGCAAGCAAAUGUUAACUUUCGGAUAAUACAGUUUGCUAGACUGUCUAGCGUUUCGGGAGCUAGCUUUCAGUUUGCCAAGUGGUGUUCUGCGGUGGAAAUAGCAAAAAUGUCGUCUCCAAGUCCGGGUAAAAGGCGAAUGGAUACCGAUGUGGUGAAACUCAUUGAGAGCAAGCACGAAGUCACCAUCCUCAGUGGACUCAAUGAAUUUGUAGUUAAGUUUUUCGGACCGCAAGGAACACCGUAUGAGGGAGGCGUGUGGAAGGUGCGAGUAGAUCUUCCUGACAAAUACCCUUUUAAAUCGCCUUCAAUAGGAUUCAUGAACAAGAUUUUUCAUCCCAACAUUGACGAGGCGUCAGGGACAGUGUGCUUAGAUGUCAUCAACCAGACAUGGACAGCCCUUUACGAUCUGACCAACAUAUUUGAGUCGUUCUUGCCGCAGCUGCUGGCCUACCCAAACCCCAUUGACCCCCUGAAUGGAGAUGCAGCUGCUAUGUACCUUCACCGACCAGAGGAGUACAAGCAGAAAAUCAAAGAGUACAUCCAGAAAUAUGCAACAGAGGAGGCUCUGAAGGAGCAAGAAGAGGGGGCAGGCGACUCUUCAUCCGAAAGCUCCAUGUCUGAUUUCUCAGAGGACGAGGCCCAGGACAUGGAGUUGUAGUGAUAGGAGGGCUCCCCCAUCCCGCCCCCCUUUAACUCCCCACAGAGACUAUAUUUGAUUUCCUAACCAUGAGAAAAGCAGACUUAUAAUAUUCAUAUUUAAACAAGUUGAUUUUUUUAUUAUUAUUAUUAUUAUUAUUACUACUAAACAAGGAUUUUUAUGGAUAUCUAGUCUUUGGUGUGUUUGACACCCCUCCCAUUCUGUAGCUGUUCCUACACAGAUGUUGCGAUUGCUCUCACAUUCUCUCCUGCUCAUCGCCGCAGUUUUAAGGUGCGUCAUGUAGUCUUAGGCAGGAAACUUCCCCAUGAAAAAAAUCUCACCACUUCACUCAAAAUUCCCGUUAUAAACGACAGUUUUCCCAUGUGGCCUGAGUCCUAAUUUUUCUUUCUUUUUCCAUCAUGCUAACUGAUUCUGACCAACAUUCGGUUAGAUGCUCCACAACAAACAGAGCCGCUGAAGUCUUGCUUGCCGGAGCAUACAGCUCAGCAAUAUUAGCUAGUAGUCAAGACUGUAUCUUUAAAGCGCACAAUCAAAAAUAAGGCAUAUAAGCAUAUUAAGCAUAAAAAAUUACAAAAAGGUGUAGAGCAUACAAACACACAGAAAUCAUCCUCAAAUGUUGACUCAGCAGAUCUUUUUCAUCAUAUUGAUCGAGACAUGUCAUUAAAAAAUAUUCCUUUAUUUCUCAUUCAGUUCCGUUGCUACAGAGACAUGUUACCUAAGUUAUUGUUACUUUCUUUUUUUCCGAUCUGCUGCAGCUUCCUGUCUACAUGUGCGGCUGUGCAGUGCAAAAAUACAUGCUUAAUUCUAAAGUCAGAACUAGUAAAACAAAUUGAUGAAACGCAUGUCUCAUUCCAGGACAAGUGUCGGUGUGAUGAUAAAAGAUGUGUUGGUCGCUUCGGGGUUUUGAUUUGUCAAACUUCUAUUCUGUGGAGCUUCUGGUCCGGCUCGAGUUUUAUGAUGGAAGCUGAAAAUAAACUGGAGCCAACCUUUAAUCAGCUGACCAUAUAUCGGUUUUAUAUUUCAAGAAGAUUGCUCUUGUUUUCUGUCAGGAUGCACUUGAGCAACAGACAUUCUCCUUGUGCGUCUUGUAAUGUUUUUGAUUUUAAAACAAAUUUUCUAUUAGUAUUCUUGCUUAAGAACAACUUCCUGGGCAGAAGAGGAAUGUAAAGCAUCACCUGAAGUGGUGAAUAAAGAAAACCAGCACCAAAGUCAGCUUAGAUUUUAGAAGAAAGCAACUAAAAAUGGUCUCAUUGUUAUUGAUUGGGUUUGAGAAUAAAAUGAUUUAUUGAAGAUUCAGGUUUAUGAAGUAUCAGUCCUCCUCACAUUCCACAUUCUGUUACUUGGAGCUUGCUUAAAUGCACGCCCUUCAUUUAGGUCUGACCCGUGAUAUGUACCCCAGCUGCACUAGCAAACUAAAAGCCCGCUGAGAUGUAGUUCAAUUGUGUGAAGAGGAUUAAAAAUAGGGCCCAAUGUAUGACAAUGAAGCCUAAAACAAAAUUUGUGCAGUUAAUUUCACAUUUAAUUCAUUUGUACAGAUUUGAUUCUAACCCCCCCAAUCGCAGCUUUGAUUUAUGGUUGUUUUUUCCUCCUCCUUUCCUUUUAUUUUUUUUGUGCAUUUUAACCCAAUGGGGGGUCAACACAUUUGGAUUUUUUUUUUUUUUUUUAUGUACAGCAUCUACCUUGUACAGUGCUAAGACACUUCUCUGUAGCCUCGGGAAAAACUCAACCCAAAACACUGUCUGAGUGUUGCUUGUCGAGGCUAACGUGGCAGUGGAACUACCUAGAAAACUUUGAAAUGUAUUCACCUCAUAGAUUGCAGUAAGAAUCACUGGUUGCUUUGUAGGCAGAUUGUGGAUCCCGAGUUGGAGAUUCAUGGCCGAAUCAAACCCGAGAGGUCCCCUUAUCAACUCUGAUUUCAACUCCCUCUUCCGUGCCUCGUCACAAAAUCCAGGUGACCAUUGAAGAAGUCCCCUGAAACCAUGUUUUCCAAAACACUAUGGAGGUCAAACAUAAGUAGAAAAGCACAUUUUAUCCACUUAACCUAUGUUAACACCCCUCUUCCUGCAAUUUGAUCCUUCACAAUUGUAAUUUGACAAAAAUACUUUCUCUUUUGCAGAUAAGAAGAAUGACCCGGUGCUCAGUAGCAUUAGGUUAAAUGCAGGAUUGUUAGACGGCUCUGGUUUGAAACAGUUUGGUUGCAUCUCGCAUUGUGAUGAACAUUUUCACCUGGGAUGUUCUGAAAGGCUGGAAAUCAUGGUAUUAUGUGUUGAACUGUGCUUUUGACAUGUCAGGAUAGUUAGUUUGUUUGGGUGUUGACUUCCACUAAACAACAUUCGCUAUAUGGCUGUAUUACAGAUAGAGUUAGCUAGUUUGGUACCUGAUAAAGCAUUCAUUGCUCAUCUGACUUUUUAGUUAGUGUCUGUUGUGUGGUUAUAUGUAAGAUACUCCAUAGACAUGCCUGCUCGUCGUCUUCGUCUUGCAGAUUCAGAGUUGUACAGAUGAGUGUGAGGGAUUUCAAACAGGGGUGAUGUUGACCUGUAGUGAGCCGGACAGAUCGAACUGUACAGAAAUCUAAAGUGGGGUUCGGCCUUUUCCAAAAGAUUUUUUUUUUUUUUUUUUAAAUGAUCUUAAUCUUCUUUAGAACAGAUACCCUUCCUUCAUUUGUCUUUUAUUUGCAGUAUUUAUCUGAAGCUAAGGGAUAAUAUUUUUUCUCAUCCAGCCUUGGGUUAGUUUUGAAUGUUAGCUUGUGGUUAGCUUCCAGCAGCCAUUUUAACUGAUGCAGAACUCAUUUUUGUGAUACCCAACAUGUUUAGGGGCAGUAUACAGCUAUGUGAAUGUUUUACCUAAGGGGCUGUGAGCAUCAUCCACUCGAAUAGAACAAACCUGCAAAUUGUACGCACAUCCCCACCUUCACAGUCGGCUAGGGUUUCCUCCUGAAGCUGCCUAUAAAUGUGUAUUUAUUCAUUAAAGACACUUCCUUUUUUUGUUUUUAAUCUUGGUCAUCAGGCAGCACUGUCAUGGUUCAGCUCAUCACACUGAUGACAACUUGAUCUUUUGAGUUUUUUGUUCUAAGAAAUUCAGAUUGGAGUUUUUUUUUUACUUUUCAUUUGUGCAGUAUUGUACCUGAAUGCUGAAAAUACAGUAUAUCCUUGUUACCAAUUGUAAUACAAAUAGGACAUUAUGAUGCUGUGGUGCAACAGGGAACUAGUGAUAUUUUUUCUCUCAAGAAUCUUCUGUGUUGGUAAAAAUCAUAGGUGUUUUUGUUUUUUGCAUUAUUUGCAUCUAAUGGGCAAUAAAUGGAUCUAAUGCCAAUCAGCUGAUCUUUUCAGCAACUCCACACACUUAUUUAUUGCCAAGGGAAAUACUGACUGACUCAAGAACUAAAAUAAAGGAUUAUGCCUCCCACUAAAACUAAAAUUCUAAAUUAUUUUAGAAAAAUGGAUAACAUGAUUAUUGUGAUUUUAUUUAAUAUCCUUUUUGGCUCCUCCUUCCUCCCUUACUCCGCCAACAAUCCCUAACUACCCACCGUUUUAAACAGUGACUCAAGAUAACAACCUUGUUGUUCAUGGGGCCUCAAAAUACCCUAUUGGUAAGUCCAGACCUGAGCCAUAUCCCCAAAACCGUACUCCCACACUCCCCCACUCCCCCACACUCUUCUGGAUACAAUAAGAAUGAAGGUCCUCAGCUAACCAAGUAAACCGGUCUAUCAUUAAUCCAUAGACAGGAUAUCCAGGGCCCAUUCUCCCGUUUUUUAUCAGCACAGCUGCAGAGAGCCAGCACCCUGAUCCUGUAAAAUCACAUCCUCCCCCCGUGUGUUGAUUGUGUCCGCUCGUGCACUUGCAUGCUUCUGGUGUGGAGUCGAGGCCGGCUUGGUGCACACCUCUCCCAUUCUGUCUUGUGCUUGUGUGGAUUUGUGCCCUAUGCUGGCCUACUGCUGCCAUCAGGGGAUUUAGCAGGCGCACACAGCAUGGAAAAAUGGCAGUUUUUUUUAUAAAAAAUUAUGUAUUUGUUACCUAGUGUGUGAUACUUGAGGGUUAAAAAGUCAAAAGGUUUAUUUUUUGUUUUGAAAAGUCCAUCCUUGGUCUUAUUUUUAUCACCCUCUCUGCCCUUCUCUUGUUUUUUCUUUGCAUUGUGAAGUGGGCAUGCUUGUCAUAAAGAAGACAAAAUGCUCUCUAUAAUAGGCUUAUAACCUCAUAAAUAGUUGUGUAUAAAAAACUGUUAUAACUUCUUUUUUAAUAAAACAUUCAAUGUGUAUAAAUGGU